UGCCAGUCCAAGCCCGACCCGCUGUCACGACACGCGACUGAAACGCACGACAGACGCGACAAAUCGGCCGGCGACUUGUCGAGUGAAGUGUUUAACCAUGCAAGUGUUUACGCCUUUGAUCCUCGUGUGGUUGGUAGCCGGGGUCCGUGCCGUCAUAAGGACCCCUUUAGAAGCUUUCAGACCUUCGGGAGAAAUACAUAUAAGAAGGCCGGAUAAGCUGGCUUUUCUUCUACAUAGGCGAACCACGCUGCCUCCCAAGAGUGGACUCAAGAUUUUGUAUCAGACUGGGACGUCAGAGGAAGAUCUCCCUGAUUGCAGAGCGCGACAGGUGUGCAGCAAAGUUGAUUUGUACGAUGCUUCUCAGCCCUGGAUAGAGAGAAAAUGCCGUUGUUUAGGACACAGGCCGUGUUCUAGUGAUCUAUCUGCUGACGAUGAUCACACUUUGUCAGACAAGACAACGUUGUACAAGACUUGCGAACCAGUGAAGAGGUUACCCAAAUGUCGCUACUUUAAGGACGCCGCUUGGACCAUCUUUUCAUUUCCUGACAGUAACGCUACCCAGCAAAUUGUUAACUGUCAUUGCCCUAAGAAUUCUGUUACUUAUCUGUUGAAGAAGCUACCAUACACGACACCUAGUGGAGAACAGGGGAAUCAGUACCAGUUCGCGUGUUCACCACAAAGCAGACUACGAUGUUCGAGAAAGGAGCCUUGCAAGCUGUUUAGUGCGCGGCGGCGACACGAGCAAAUCGACGAAGUUAACGCCAAUACGAUAUGCCAGUGCCCGAGGGAUCACACGUGUCCAAGACACCAUACGGAAACCGGUGUACUUCCAGGAGUCACGUACGCGGCUGAAGACAUCCGCACAUACCACGGUUAUUGCUUACCAGAACCUCCGCCAGAUGUUUAUCGGUUUGUAGGAGACAAGGAUUGA